ACACACACACACACACACACCCACACACACACACACAUACACACGCCUCCUGCUCCUCCUGCUCCUCCUCGCCCCCCCUCCCUCUCCUCUCCUCCUCUCCAUGCCGGCGGAGGUGUCCGCGGGGCUGUCAUGGCGAAGAUCCGCGUGUCGUACGAGUACUCCGAGGCCGAGGACAAGAGCAUCAGGCUGGGCUUGUUCCUGAUCGCCUGCGGCAUCCUCAGCCUCUUCAUCCUGGGCUUCUGCUGGCUCAGCCCGACCCUCCAGAGCCUGCAGAGCAAGCCGGCCAACUGCACGGUGGUGUCAGUGUUGCAUCCUGAGGAGAUGUUUGAGUGUGUGUUUACGUGCGGUGCAGACUGUAAAGGGACGUCCUUGUAUCCCUGCCUACAAAUCUUUGUCAACAACUCGGAGUCGAACUCUGUGGCUUUGCUGCACUUUGACGAACAACAGCUGGUCCUUAACCCAAAGUGCUCAUACGUCCCUCCAUGUGAGAGGGACAACCAGAAGAACAAAGACAGCGUCCUGUGGUGGGAGGAUUACUUCACCAAAGAGGUCAGCAGCCAGUCCUUCACCUGCUUCUUCAACCAGCAGAGGAGACCAGAUGAUGUGUUGUGGCGCCGUUCCCAUGACACCAGUGUCCUGCUUCACUGUGUCCUCUGGCCAAUGGUGUCUCUCCUUCUGGGCACGCUCAUUGUGCUCCUGACAGUGUGCGCUCGCUCUCUGGCUGUCCGAGCUGAGGCCCUGCAGAAGAGGAAGUGCUCCUACGAGGUGUGCCAAGACCUGGGGGGCGGGGUCUCAGAUCGAAGGAGCAACAAGUCUGGAGAAGCCCUGGCUACGAACUCUGACCCGGAGCUGUCGUCACCAACACGGACCCUGCCACUGUUUGCGGUACCAGUUCGACGCCGUGACCGAGAACAUUAAAAGACACAGUUUUUUUGGUUGGUGAUAUACUCAACAGUGGGAGGAUGCUGACAAACUGGCAGCUGAGGAUGUCUGAAACCAACAACCCACUGCCACCCACGGGUUUAUAUGAUCAGAAAUGGCAAAACCACUGUUGACUAUGAGGAUGAGGAGACGUGCCCCUCCUGCCUGUAUUAUGAGCAGAAACAGUGUAGAGAAAAUCAGCAGCUUUCCUCUGAUUUUAACACAACUCACUGGAUAAGUAGACACUCUCUGAGUCUGCUGACUGGCUUAAAGAAAGGUUAUUCUAAUUGACGCCAGUGCUGUGACUGAUGGGACACUGUAUUACAUGUCAGGAAAAGUGAGUCAGAGUCCAGUCCUCUGACUCCACUGCUGUCUUUACUGUAGCUCUUAAGUCUUUACGGGGAAAGUCUUUAUAAACUUUCUCUCUAAAGUUUCCCUUCUGUAGCUCACCACUGUCUACUGUAGCCACAAUCUUUACUAUUCAGAGUGCAGAGGUUCCGGUGUCACUUUCUGUUUAGCAGCGUGAUUAGGUGUAGCCGCUUCCUAAACUCAGUAUGAUUAUAUGCACAGGAGGUUUGUGUGUCAUCUGUUUAUUUAAUUAUCAAACUCUAAAGAAAUGGAAAUAAACACUAAAAAAAGAGCAGUUUGUUUUACAGUUUACAUGCAUAAAGAGAGCUUGUUUUCCCAUUUUGAGCUCAAAAUUAAUACAAUUAAAUUAAAUUGUUUCACAUUUAUUUUCACAGCCACCAUUUUAAGUAUUUUGGUGUCUGAAGAUAAACAGUAAAACAAAAAUAUUGCUUUUAAAUUUACUAAAUUGGAUAGUUAAAUAAAGAAGUGAUACACAAACCACAUAAGAAUCAUGUUUUUUUAUCUUGUACUGGGUUUGAUCAGGGUCAGGAUGUGACACUUCCAUAGAUGGUGAGUUGAAUAUGUUAAAACUAGUACCAGCUUGUGUUUGUGUGAAGGGGAGGGUGAUGUAAUUUGAUUUCUGUUCUUUACUUUACAGCUUUGAACUUCUAAAUCAAACGAUAAGUAAUGGAAAACAAAAUUAUUAUAACAGCUACUACUACUAUUAUUAUUAUUAUUAUUAUUAUUAUUAUUAUUAUUAUUAUUAUUAUUAUUAUAGUUAUUAUUAUUAUUACAACCAGACCUUCUGAUUUAUUUCCACAUGUUGACCAUUGUUACUUAAUUACUUAAAUUUUUUUUAUUUACUGACCAAAUACUGCAUAACUUGAAUUACCAAAGCACUAAAAAAAGAAUAACCAAGAAAUUUCUGAAAGUCUAAAUCAUAUCCAGGAUACUAUGAAAAAUACUAGUGUCUCUAUGUUUACUUAACAUUGCAAGAUACAUUAUUAUCUAGAGCAGCAGUUACUCUCAGCAUCUCAAUUUCACAAAACACUUAAUUUACCACCAAAUGACACAAGAGUGGAGGUAUUAGCACCUUCAGCUUGGACUUAAAUACUUAUUUUAAAGGAGAAUCAGUCACUAAUAACGUGAUUGUAAAAAGGGGGGAAAAAUGCCGGUUAAAUGUAAAUAUGUAUGGAUGGAUAUUUUGUAAUCAGUCAUCAGAGAUAAAAGUGAAUAAUUUAGGGAGGUGUAUUAUUUAUUUAUGUAUUCAAAUAUGGUGUUGAAUCAUCAGAGGGUUCAUUAGUGGAUCCUGUUGCUUCGGAGGCUCCUCAUUAACAAUGUGAGUGCUCUUUAAACCGUGACGGUGAAACAGCAAGAACAAAAUACAGGCAAGACGAUUGGUUUUGGAGGUAAAACUGGGAGCACAUACAGUAUGUGGUAAAUGUGAAGAAAAAAGCCACUGUACUAUAUGUUUAAGUAACAAGGUGUAGAAUAUAUACAGUAAAAUCAGUAGUUGGAUGGGGUUCUGCUUUGAUAAUACGCAGAAGAAGAUAUUGAUUUCUUUUUUUAUGUGGUGGGAAAAAGCAGCAACCUUCGGUGCAUCAUUGGGAUUCAAUUUUAGAGUAAAAUUAUACUUCAGCAAAGUAUAAGGCCAACAUUAAUCUUUUUCUCCAGAUGUUGACAUCUCUCUGUAGAAAUGUACUUCCAUUCAGCCUCGGAGAAUCAGGAAGCUCUAACGCUAAUGUACAUGAUCAGGCUUGGCUGAUUCACAAUCAGAGCUACUCUUUGUCUGCAGCUCUUACAGCUUCUUUUAUUAUGAUGAAACGUCCAGAUGGAAACCUCUUUGUUCCAAUAUGCUUCAGCCCAGGGCUCCUGUUGUGUCUUGUGUAUACAGCCAGGCCACUGCCUUUGUGCAAAUAAGACUCACACAAAUUAGAUCGAAAUGUCAGACAUAUUCCUUUGGCUAUAUAUCAUACACUGUGUGUAAGAAGAUAACGCUCAAAAUGGUACGCUUUACCACUCCACCUCUAAGACAAUCCUUAAGCUCUAAC